AAAUAUUGCUUGUACCUUGUACUUUUAGAUAACAUUAGUGUUAAGUUAGGGACAUAAGUGGUAUCUGUAAAAGCUUUUAAAACAUGGUAAUAAAUAUUUUGAAAAAUAAUUUAUCGAAAUCAAUUAGACAGCAUUUACAAACUGCUUCUGCACUGAGAUAUUCUACAGAAAUGAUACCAGUGUAUAAAACAUUAGCAGUGUCUGUUCCAAAGCCGUUUGUAUAUAUGGUCAAAUUGAAUAGGCCAGAGAAGCUGAAUGCAAUAAAUCCAAUUAUGUGGAAAGAAUUUAAGGAAUGUUUUGAUGGAUUAUCGUUGAAUCCAGAUUGCAGAGUAAUUGUUUUGUCAGCUGCUGGCAAGAUGUUUUGCGCAGGAAUUGAUUUACAGGGAAUGAUGGAAAUGGGCCAGAAUUUAGCGAAAUACGAGGAUAUUGCACGCAGAUGCAAAUUUUUGGAGCCCAAAAUUAAGGAUUAUCAAGAAUCAUUUACUGCUAUAGAAAAGUGUUCCAAACCUGUGAUAGCUGCUGUACAUGGUGCAUGCAUUGGUGCUGGUGUGGACAUGAUAUCUGCAGCUGAUAUUCGCUACGCUUCUUCCAAUGCAUAUUUUCAAAUAAAGGAAAUUGAUAUAGGGAUGGUAGCUGAUGUAGGUACACUUCAGCGAUUUCCAAAAAUUGUGGGGUCUGACAGUUUGGUAAGAGAGCUUGUCUAUACAGCGCGUAAGUAUCCAGCAACUGAAGCGUUGAAAAGUGGAUUUAUAAGCCUCAUGCUGGAUAAUGAGGAGAGCUUAUUGAAUAAAUCAAUAGAAAUUGCUGAAAAUAUUGCAAGCAAGAGUCCAGUUGCAGUGCAAGGUUCAAAAAUGAGCAUGGUAUAUUCCAGAGAUCAUUCUGUCCAAGAAGGAUUAGACCAUAUUGCGAUGCAUAAUAAAGCAAUGCUUCAAAGUGAAGAUUUCUUGAACGCAGUUAUGGCGCAGGCUGUUAAAGGAGAUCCUCCAAUAUUCUCAAAAUUAUAAAUUAUUUUAUUUUUGAUAUUCUUAUGUGAUUGUAGUAUUCUAUCAUGAUAAUAUCUAUUAUGAUUGUAUAAU